AUGGAAGUCAAUUUAUUCAGCAAUUCUACUGUUGUAAACAGUUCAUCCAUCAACCAUAAGCAGUUAGAAGGGCAUAGCCUCUGGGAAGUCAUUACUAUUGCCACUGUAACUGCAAUUGUAAGCUUAAUAACCAUAGUGGGAAAUAUUCUUGUGAUGAUAUCCUUUAAGGUCAACAGUCAGCUCAAAACUGUCAACAAUUAUUACUUGCUCAGCCUUGCCUGUGCCGAUCUCAUCAUUGGGAUAUUUUCUAUGAACCUUUAUACGUCCUAUAUACUCAUAGGCCAUUGGUCGCUUGGAAGCCUUGCCUGUGACCUGUGGCUAGCACUGGACUAUGUAGCUAGCAAUGCCUCAGUAAUGAACCUCCUAGUCAUCAGUUUUGACAGAUAUUUUUCCAUCACAAGGCCUUUAACCUACAGGGCCAAACGCACGCCCAAAAGAGCUGGCAUAAUGAUUGGUAUGGCUUGGCUAAUUUCCGUCGUGUUGUGGGCACCCGUAAUCUUGUUCUGGCAGUAUUUUGUGGGUGAACGAACAGUACCACCUGAUGAGUGCCAGAUACAAUUUCUGUAUGAACCCAUUGUCACCUUUGGUACUGCAAUUGCUGCUUUUUACAUUCCGGUGUCUGUGAUGACCAUUCUAUAUUGCCGCAUCUAUAAAGAGACAGAGAAACGUACCAAGGACCUUGCUGAACUGCAGGGUUCAGAGUCUGUGGCAGAGUUUGAGACAAUAAAGCCUCAGAAAACUCUCCUAAAAUCUUGCUUCAGUUGCAAGCAACAAAACUUAGUCAAAAGAGAGAGGUGUCAGGCUUCUUGGUCUUCAUCUAGUCGAAGUACAUCAGCUACAGUGAAAGCCUCUCAGGCAGCAAGUACUUGUAUCGACUGGGCUAAGGCUGACCAGUUAACCACUUGCAGCAGCUAUGCAUCUUCAGAAGAGGAGGAUAAACUUGCCGCUGACUCAGUUUUCCAAGUAACUUACAGUAGUCCAUCUAAAAGUAAGGCAGAAGAGUUUAAUGAGAGUACAGAUGUUGUCAAAGACCAACCUGAAGAAAAUGAUUUUGAGAACCCGAAAUACUUUUUGUCACCUGCCAAAGACCACAUACGGAAAAGUAAAAAAUAUGUGGCCUAUAAAUUCCGAUUGGUGGUUAAGGCUGAUGGCAUCCAGGAAGCCAAUAAUGGUUGCCAAAAAGUAAAAAUAACUCCUUGUUCUGCUGCUCUGUCAAAGGAUCCUUCCAUCAAAAGCAUGGAUCCAAACAUAAAUAACCAAAUCACCAAAAGGAAACGGAUGGUUCUUAUAAAGGAACGAAAAGCAGCACAGACUUUAAGUGCCAUUCUUUUGGCUUUCAUCCUCACAUGGACUCCCUACAAUAUCAUGGUUUUGAUCUCCACAUUUUGCUCUGACUGCAUUCCCCUGACACUGUGGCACCUUGGAUAUUGGCUAUGCUAUGUGAACAGCACCGUUAACCCCAUGUGUUAUGCCCUCUGUAAUAAAACUUUCAGGAAGACAUUUAAGAUGCUGCUUUUAUGCCAGUGGAAAAAGAAAAAAGUGGAAGAGAAACUGUAUUGGCAAGGUAAUACCCGACUGCCAUAA